AUGUUUGCCAACCUCCUCCUCCUCCUCGCCCCCCUCGCCCUCGCUCAAUCCUUUGUCCCCCCUGCCCAGUGCGUCACUCAGUGCAUCGGUAUCGCCGACCUCAAUACCAAGUGCGCGCCUCUUGCGAACGACCUCCCCGCCUUCGCCGACUGCGUUAAGCCCCUUUGCUCUGGCGCUCAGCGCGCUGAGCUCGAGAAGUGCACUAAGUGCACCUCCGAGGCUAAUGACGAGCCCAUCGAGCUAUAUUGGGAGAGAUUCGACAUGGUGUGCUCUGCUGCUGGCGUUAACAAUGCAGCGUCAGCUGGGGUCUGCGCUGUGGCCGCGCCCCUCCUCCCUGCUCUUGUUGUCGCUUUUGGUGCCGUCCUUCUCUAA